AUGGAGGCCAUGCGCACGUGGGACGCGGGCAAAGUGCAGGCGGAGAUCGCGCUGGCCUUUGCCGCAGUGAGCCACGCGCCGUCGGCGUUCCUCCAGUGCGUUGAGCUCUACUGCGCGCUCCCGGACAGGCACGUGACGGCCAUUUCGCACUGGAUCGCAGCGGCCGUCGCGAGUCUCCAGGCGUCCAACCGCAGCAGGAGCGUCUCCUCGCGCGACAGUCAACUGGCGGCGUCGAUGCUGCCGGCGUUUCAGCGCUCGCGGAUGCCGUUCGUGGCCGACUUUGCACUCGCUUUUCGAGUGGACGUUGAGGCGCUGGCCGCCUUUUGCUCGCGCGUGCUGUCGACGCGCGUGGCUCUGGCCGUGCGCUUUAUGGAGUGCCUCAAGAUGAGAGAUCUGCUGCCGACGGACGUGGUGCUGGGCCACGUGCUGAGGCAGAAGGACUUUCGCACGGGCGACGUGUUUGUCAAAGGCUCACGCGACAAGCAGUCACAGUUUGUGCAGCUCCUCAUUGAUGCCAACGUGCACGACAAGGUGAUCAAAAAGCGGCUCUCGCUGUUCAAGCUGCCGGCCAGCGCGUUUCCAGUCUACUACGAACGGCGACAGAAGGCGACGCUCCGGUUUCUCGUGUACUCGAAAGAGUACGAGCAAGCGCUGCAGUUUGUCGAGAACGUGGACGCGCUGAAGUCGUACGCCUGCAAGAUGAUCAUCCGUCACGCCGGGCCGGAAGACCCCGCCACGAAGCAGUUUGUUUUUCGCACAGGGCUUGCAGCCCAGUUUACUGAAGUCGACACCAGUGCAGAGGACGGCAAGCUGUUUGCGGAACAGGAUGAGCCGCUGCCGCUCGACUCGUGUCUGUCGCUUGCUGAGACCAUUGGUGAAGCCAAUAUUGUUUUCGUGGACACGCCGCAGGCGCUGAAAGCAUGUGCUGCGUACCUCCUCGAGCAGCCAGUGAUUGGGUUUGAUUCCGAGUGGAAAGCGGUGCGUGUUUCAGCUGGCCCAGACGUUGGGGCUGCGAAAUGUGCACUUGUGCAGCUAGCUUCCCGUGAAAAGGCGUUCGUCGUGGACGUGGUGGCGCUGUUUGAUCACGGGCAUACUCUAGCCCCGGUUUUCCAGUCGGAGUCGGUGCUUAAGAUAGGUUUUGAUACAAGAGGGGAUGUGAAGGCAUUGCGUCCUUUUUUGACAGGAGGGUAUGCGGUCAGCGACGUCAUGUCGAUGCUCGUGGACUUGCAAACUGUCACGCGAAAGCUGCCGACGCUUGAAACCGGCAAUGUAGCAGAAUCCAGAUCGGCGGUCAAUGAUGGCAAGGAAUUGUGCAGUAAAGAGGGAGUACCAGCAGCUCCGAAAAUCGACAGCGAGGUGUCUCAAUGUACGUCAAAACAAAGAAAGUGGAAGAAAAAACGAAGCAAGACCGACAUAACGGAUGCUAGCGUCAAACCUUCCCGCCUGGGCCUGGCUGCCAUCGCCGAGACGUAUUUGGGCUUCCCCUUGGACAAGCGCGUGCGCAUGUCGGAUUGGGAGCGCCGCCCACUUACGCAAGCUCAGCUCCAUUAUGCUGCUCUGGAUGCGCACGUGCUGGUUCAGAUCUACUACAAAAUGCAAGAGCAGCAUGUGACUGACACGUUAGAGGCGGUGCUGAAACGCUGCACACAGAAGCAUGUGAAGUAG